GCUCCAUUUUCUCUGUCUGUCUGAGAAGUUUGCACCAAAUCACUGGAGUCAGGUGUACCUGGAGAAACGCCGUCAUUCAGAGCAGCACGUUUGCGGUUUAUCCCGGAUUUACCUGCCGGCGAGAAUGCGCCAAUGAUCCGCUGAAGCCGAGAAUCGUAGCUACGCAUCAACUAAUCAAUAACAAUGAAGAAGGGGUCGCUGAAUUUUCUGGGUCGAAAGAAUCAUUCUCUUUUCGACACCAAUGUCAAAAUGCAGGAGAUGGACAAUGUAGAGUUGGUCCUGGGGUCAUCUGCAACUCAUGAGUCAGGGACUGCAAGUGUGCGAGCUAGACCCACAGUGAAGCAUGGUGCUUCCUUGUCUGAGAGUUUCCAAGGCUUUGCUGUCCCAAUGCCGAAAGUCCCUCUCCUGCCCCCUGUCAAUGGUCCAAAGACCAACGGUUCAGUUGGUUGGGAUCCGUUGUCCAAUGGCUCCAUUACUUCAGUGCCUAACCUUGAUAAAGGGGAAAUAUUUGUUCCUCCUCCUCCUUCUGUAGCACCUCCACCACCUCCAAGUGAAUGGAUUCCACCUCCACCAGACUUCCUGGGUGACUUAAACACUCUAGACCUAGCAACCAUACAGCCUCCUUCCAUGCCCGCACCAAACCCUCCUUCAGUAGAACCAAAGGAUUUAUCCUUCCUAAAACCACCACCAAUGGCUCCACCAAAGCCUCCAUCUACCACUUCUACUGGCUCUCCAUCAUCCAUACCCAUCUCUAGUCCACCAUCAGCUCAAGUUCCAGAGCAUCCAAAAUUUGCCGCCCCACAGCCCCCUACUGAAAGGCAACAGAAGACUCAGAAGAAACCUCCUCCAAAGCCCAUUAGAAUUUCCUCAGUCUCCAACUCUGACUCCCCCCCACAGACUCCUGCACCACCACCCCCUGUGCAGACACCCACAUUGUCCACUUUCAAUCCCCAAAACACAGCAAAGGUUAACACUGCUCCUAAGACCUCAUUUCUCAAUGUGUUUGAAGACCGUGACAAAAAACCUAAGCACAUGUUACUCCUGGAAGAUUCCGGGUCUUCCAGCUCUGGCCCUGUUCUCGUCAAGGUGGACGGUAAUGCUCCCAAAGUGCCUACACUAUCUAAACCAGUUCCCAUUGUAAAGGAGCUGGAGGAGAAUUUACAAGUUGCCCAACCUUCUGAAUCUACCCUAUUUGAGCAAAAGACAGUGACUAAGACAGAGACUAAGACAAAGGCUAAAACAGAGACAAUUUCAGUGCAACCAGAAAUAACCAAACCAGUACAGCCACCGCCUCAGAAGUCUCUACAGCUUGAUGAAGUUGACAAUACUCAGAUUAAUUUAGAGACAAGCAAGGACAAACUUGGAGAGAACCAAGGUCCAAAAGCAGAAAGUCCAAAAGCAGAAAAUCCUAGAGAGUACCAAAGUCCAGCCCCAGUCAAACCUGGAGAGUACCAAAGUCCAACCCCAGUCAAACCUGUACGGUAUCAAAAUCCAAACCAGAAAUACAGUCCGAUAUUGGAUCACAAACUACGUAACCUGAAAGGAAGUGAAACCCACGGAGCACGAGACGGGCAUGCAGCUUCUCCGCUGGCUCUUCUAAAGGCAGCUAAAGAAAGAGAGAAAAACAGAACGACGCACUCUGUUUCACAGGAAAACAGUGGAAAGAACAAUGAGCAGCCAAGUAUUCACUCAAGUGACCUUUCAAGUUCUGGCUCUUCAACUGUAAAACUGACAGAAAAAAUAUUACCAGAAACUCCAAAAUCCUUCAGUCCAGUAGACCGUCCACAAACAAAUGAUGCUCCUGAAACUUCAAGCAGUCAUGCCCUGGUCAAUGGUCAGGCACCAUCUACCAGUCCAGCUCUCAACAGGAUCAUAGAAACCCCUGCUGUUAGCAAAAAAGCAGAGGAGAGACAAAAGGCAUAUCAAAGCAGCUCACUGUCUCAGACUCCACAACCUGAGGGCAAUAAAGAUGGGUUCAGCAUGCCAUUACUGCCUCCACCACCAGAGUUUGAUGAUUUAAGCAAGAUUAUGGACCUGCCACCUUCCAUCAUUCCACCGGACCCUCCCACAAAAAAGGCACCGUCACCACCUGUAACCUCUCUUUCCCCUGCCUCAGUUCAGUAUCCUUUGAAUAAGACACAACCCUCUGCAGGUCCUCCCUCUUCAGUGCCACCUCCUCCUCUGAAGACAGCACCUCCAGCUUCAAUUCCACCUCCUCCUCUGAAGACAGCACCUCCAGCUUCAAUUCCACCUCCUCCUCUGAAGACAGCACCUCCAGCUUCAAUUCCACCUCCUCCUCUGAAUACAGCACCUCCAGCUUCAAUUCCACCUCCUCCUCCUCCUCUGAACCACCCACCUCCACUCAAUUCCACCUCCUCCUCUGAAGACAGCACCUCCAGCUUCAGUUCCACCUCCUCCUCUGAAGACAGCACCUGCAGCUUCAAUUCCACCUCCUCCUCUGAAGACAGCACCUCCAGCUUCAGUUCCACCUCCUCCUCUGAAUACAGCACCUCCAGCUUCAAUUCCACCUCCUCCUCCUCCUCUGAACCACCCACCUCCUAA